AUGUGGUGUGAUCCACCUUCAAUAACGUCGGCUGAUAUAAUACAGCCAACACAAACGAAUUGGACAAUGCCUUUUUCAUCGCCAAUUAAUGAUAAACAACAAUUAUCAUUUAUUUAUCAACCUGGUGUUGGAUUAUAUGACAAAAAAAUUGAUCUUGAUCAAGAUUUACGAAUAAAUGAUGUUGAUGAACGAAUACAAUCAUUCGAACUUUCUCCAUCAUCAUCAACAUUUACAUCUGAUGUUGAUCAUCGUUGGUCAUCAUCAUCAUCUAUUGAGAGUUCAUCACCUAAUACAAAAACAAAUAAUUUAUACAAAUCAUAUUUAAGACGACAAAAUGAACAAAAUUCAUUACCAAUUCGUGAAAAAUUAUUUUCAUCAGAUGAUAUAUUGUCAGAUAAAAUAACAAAAAAUUCUUUAUCACAUAAUACAAAUUAUCAUAUUAAAUCUAUUGAUGUUAAUAUAACAACAAAUCAAGAAAAUAAUCAAAAACGAAAAUUUGAUCAGAAUUUGUAUUGUAAUAAAAAACUUCGUCAUUCAUCUUCAUUAAUAAUAAAAGAUCAUUUACGAUCUAAUGAACAAACACAAAAUGAAAUACUUUCAAAAUCUUUAUUAUCCUCAAAUUCAGAUAUUUCAAUGGAUGAAAAUUUAAAAUGUGAAAAGAAUUUACUUGAUGAAGAAAUUGAUCGUCAAAAAGCAAGAUUAAUAAUAAUCGAAGAAAAACGAUCUAAACAACAAUCAUCACUAAUCAAACUUCGAUCAAACUCAAAUGAACAAAUACAAAAACAAUCUAUCACAACAAUAAUAAAAAAUAUUCCAAUAGUAAAAAAAUCUUCAGCUGAAAAUUCAAAAUCAGAAAUAAUUUCAACUGAUAAAGAAGUUCUUUCAAUACCAUCGCAAGGUUUACUUCUUUGUCCUAAAGAAGAACCUAUAAAAAAGAAAAAGAAAAAGAAAAUAGCAUCAACUAUUAUUUCAAGCACUGAAUUACUUGAUGAUGAUUCUAUACUAGAUUCAAUUCUAUUCAAUGAAAUGCAGACAGUUCAACAACAAUGGCAACAAUUUUUAAUAUUAACUAUGGAAAAAGAAUUACAUACUAAUCCAUCUGAUGGAAAAAAGAAAUUAAAAUUAAAUAAAUUUAAUCGUACAAAUGAAUUUUUGUUAUCUUAUGAUAGUUUAUAUGACUUCGAAGGAAUGAAACAUUGGUGUCCAACAUCAAGGUGA